AUGAAACUCUUGAAACCUGCCUGGGUCUCUCAUGAUGAAAAGCCAAUCUUUUCAAUAGACAUUCAUCCGGAUGGGUCCAGGUUUGCAACGGGAGGACAAGGUGACAGUUCAGGGGCAGGUAAGGUGAUUAUCUGGAACAUGGAACCAGUUAGAGAUGCCGACAUGGAGGACGAUCAAAAGGUCCCAAAAAUUCUCUGUCAGAUGGACAACCACCUUGCAUGUGUGAAUUGUGUGAGAUGGUCAAAUGAUGGAAAGUACCUUGCGUCUGGGGGGGAUGACAAGUUUGUGAUGAUAUGGCAGACAAGCAGAUACGGUGGUCAAACAUCUAGUUUUGGAUGCAAUGGUAAAAUGCUGAACUACGAAUCUUGGAGGAUCUGCGUGACAUUAAGUGGUCACUCAGGAGAUGUCCUCGGGCUAGCCUGGUCUCCGCAUAACUUGUGGUUGGCAUCGUGCAGUGUCGACAACAACAUCAUCAUAUGGAAUGCCCUCAAAUUUCCAGAGAUAGUUGCAACGCUGAAGGGUCACUCUGGCAUGGUCAAGGGACUGACGUGGGAUCCCAUCGGCACCUACCUGGCCAGUCAAUCAGACGACAAGUCGAUCAGAGUCUGGAGGACUUACGAUUGGAAGGAGGAAACUUGUAUCACUAAGCCCUUUAGUGAGUGUGGUGGAACGACGCACAUGUUACGACUCGACUGGUCCCCGGAUGGUGAGUACUUGGUGACAGCGCACGCCAUGAACAACUCGGGGCCCACCGCCCAAAUCGUUGAAAGGGCCGGCUGGAAGACCAACCGAGAUUUUGUUGGACAUCGCAAGGCUAUCACCUGCGUAAGAUUUAGUCCUUGUGUCAUGGUCAGAAAUUCAAAAGAAGGCGAAAAGACUCCAUCACAGCAUCAUGUUGUCUGCGCAGUUGGUAGCAAAGAUAGAUCCGUGUCCAUAUGGGCGACCCAUCUGAAGAGGCCAGUGAUCGUGAUGCAUGAUUUGUUCACCAGUGCAAUACUCGACAUGUCCUGGAGCAGCGAUGGUAUGGAGAUGAUGUGUUGCAGUUGGGAUGGGACAAUUGCAUAUUUUGGCUUCAACUCCACAGAACUGGGCAAUCCAGUGUCCAAUCAGGAAAAAGUAGGUCGAGCUGUGCUAUUGGCUAGCUCGUUUUUAAUUUAUUUAAUUGGGGCGUUGUAUGCAAUUCUCAACGACUUGUAA